AUGCGCACCCAAAGAAGAUCGACCAAACAAACAUUUACUAAGGCUUGCAGCAUCAUGGGGGAAACCAUCCCUGUAUCGAUUCAAGGUGGCCAGAUUCAUGUGCAUACUGAGGUCCUUACAUCUACCUCCGACUUUCUUAAGAAUGCCAUGAAGCCAGAAUGGCGUGCCGACAAGAACUGUCCAAUUGAUCUGUCUGGAGAGGACCCCAAAGUCGUCGAGUCAUACUGCCAAUGGCUUUACUCAGGCAAAAUUGUUCGGCAUGGCAACUCUAAGUCCAUCUCCAAAUCCAUGUGUCGACUUUUUGUCCUUGGCGAGAGUUUGAUGGACCGACCGUUUAAGAACGCAGUCCUGGACUCCAUGAUGGAUGGAAUUCAUAGUAAACCUAAAUUUCAUGCCACGAGGGAAGGUGUCAAGAUCAUUUAUGAAGGUACUCCCAAAGGCUCACCAGCGCGCCGCCUCCUAGUUGAUAUGUGGGCAUACCUCAUGACUGCUCGUCGCAACCUUGAUAAUCUUGUCUCCCUUCGAGGAACGGAUUUCUUUGAGGAAUUGAUACCAGCUUUGAUUGCUGUGCGUUCAGUGCCACAUCAUGAAAAGGUUCGACCCUGGGUUGCUAAGCCUGAGUCCUACUAUGAGGGAGCAGUUGCCGAUGGAAUCAAUAUCGUAACUGAUCCAACGGGAAGUACCUAA